GCUUAACCCUGCCUCUUCCUCUCAUCUUCUGUCCGCAUACCCGUCCGCGGGAUGCAGGUCUUCCGUCGUCUCUAUUCUUCGAUACCUGAGGCUGCGGCUGUUGCUCGAACAGCCUCAACGCCUAGGGCAGUCCGCCUCCGUCGACUCCGAAAACGCCCAGUCGCGCCUGGACAGUUCGACGCCAACCCAGACGGUCUGACUCCAACUGAAUAUGCGCGUUUUCAACGCGACUUCGCGAAGGGUGAACUUGUAGGCCCUGAUGGGAGGUACCUGACGGAAGGAGAGUGGUUGGAGAGGCUAGAUGCGCGUCGCACUCGGAUACGUGGUGUUCGCACCGUGACGAACGAGAAUGGCGAGAAGGAGCUUGAGGUCGUUGGUCAAAAGAUCUAUUUGCCCAAUGUCGUCUUCCGGCUGGUGCGCAACCACACGCCUGCAGGACAACCAUACAACCCGUACGAGGCGACCCUCCGCGUCCCGCAGUCCAUCACCAAAACCGACAUUCGGUCCUACCUCCAGGCCGUGUACGGCGUGAAGACGACAUACAUCCGUACGGACAAUUAUAUUGCAAAACUCGAUCGCGUCGGCAGGGUUAACCAGAAGGCCUACAAGCGGGCUGUGGUUGGUCUCGUCGACCCGUUUUACUUCCCAAAGGCCGUCGAGGACAUGAACGCCGAGGACAGGCAGAAAAGGGAGGACUGGGUGGAGGAGAGCUUCCAAGUUCAGGAACGGCUUAAAACCAUGAAGUUGGAGAUGCUGCGCAUGACCCGUAAGCAAAGCGAAGGCUGGAGGUGGCGAACGACGCAAACCGCCAAGAGAAGCAAUAUCGUCCGCUUGAUUGCCGAACGCAGAGCAGAGAGGGAGAAUGCCAUUGCUUCCAUCAAGGAGCGCAUUCGUGCGGCCAGGGAGGGCACUCCGCUAUAGCUUUUUCGUACGUUCUCGUCAGUUCUUUCCAUUGGCUCUCACGAACUGUUCCGCCAGGUGUCUAACCUGUCUGUUCUUGCGCACUGUCGUAAUAAUAAUUUCCGAUGCAUUCGUCUACUCUUCCCAUGCAUGCCUGAGAUUUAGUUUAUUUAGAUUUUUGCACUGCACGCCGAUAAUGGUGCGUUGGCAUUCGGUUGAUCGAGACAACUUAGAUGCUCUCUUGAAGUAUACUCAUAUACAUCGGAUUUUCGAGAUAAUCCGGCUCCCUAGUCCAUCCGCGUACGUGGUGCAAACUGCGGUGGACUGCCCAAGUAUGGGGUUACCCAAAUUGAGCGAGGUUGUCGAAGUACUUCGCGAAGUGCCGAGGCGCGGUCUGU